AUGAUAAUCAAGGAGGAGGGAACAAUCUGGUUUCAGAUCAUUCCUGCCAAAAUAAUCGAGAAUGCCUGCUUGGGUGAACAGAGCAUGAUUGAGUCGCAAGGAGACGCAAAGAAAUUGGAAGAAGCGCUCCGUUCGACUAAGUGUAAUCUUAAUGCAUUUGACACGCGGGGCUUCGCGUUUAUUCACUGGGCAGCGUGUUACGGUUUUACCGAGUGUAUCGAGGUCCUCGUUCGUUGUGGAGCUGAUAUCACUCUUCAAACACUUGUAUCCCUCGCAAAUCGAUUUCACCUGAAGGAUGAGAGAAGUGCUUAUGAUGUGGCGGUUGACUAUGAGAAGAAGGGUACUGCAGAGUGGAUUCAGUUUACUGCGAGUGAGGUGAUUGUGUGUUUUCUUGUCAACUAUGACCCGAAGGAUUUUUUUAACGCCAUUUCGAAUGGCGACAAGAAUAAAUUGAAGAAUUGCCUCAUGGACCCCCAUGCGAAGUACUUUCGUAAUUUGCAUGGGAUGACGGGUCUUCACAUCGCGUGUCAGUGCAAUGCAACUGAUAUCAUCGAGCGAUUGGUGGAGGCUGGUUUUGAUGUGAACGACCAGGAUUUCUUUGGUCGCACGCCGCUUCACUGGGCCUGCCUAAGCGAGAACAGCCGAACGGUGGAGUAUCUGGUCGAUCACGGCGCGAGCCUGAGCAUUCGCACGCUGACGCAGAAAACGCCCGUGCACUUGUGCUUUCCGCUGAUGAUGUACAUCAACAACCCCGAGAUCGUGAAUCGCUACCCUGAGGCCUUUUUCGACGCCGUUCAGCGGUACGACCGCGAGAGUUUGCGAGCCUUUUUCAAAUACGUUUCGAACAAAGAAGCGACGCUUCUGCGAAACGACCAGGGCUGUUCGGCUCUCCACAUCGCGGUGAAGGCAGGGCGAAGCGGUACGCGUCCUUCGAGCGACUGA